CAUAGGGAUCAGACCGAAGAUCAGGUGACAUACGAUGCCGCGCAGGCUAUCCUAAAGUACAACGUGGGCAUUAAGUGCGCCACCAUUACGCCCGAUGAGGCCCGCGUUAAGGAAUUCAAUCUGAAGAAGAUGUGGCCGUCGCCUAACGGAACCAUCCGAAACAUAUUGGGCGGCACUGUAUUCAGGGAACCAAUCAUUUGCAAAUCCAUUCCACGACUAGUGCCCGGUUGGACACGUGCUAUCAUUAUUGGCAGACAUGCAUUCGGCGAUCAGUACCGGUGCUCUGAUCUCCAAAUCAACGCACCCGGAAAAGUGGAGCUCCGAUACACACCGGCCGACGGCAGUCCACCCACUAUUCUAGAG